AUGACCAAUCUCCCUGCCUCGGACGAUUCUUUUGAGAUGAGCCGCCCCGAACAGACUCAGUCACUCCAAGACGCCAUGAGCCCUUCCGGUGCCACAAAGCUCUCCUCCUUCGGGAGCAUAGUUCUCAUGGCCAGCCUUUUUGGAAGAAACCUCAUUCACCUUCAUAGACCGGACCCAGACGAUCGCGAUCAUGAUCUCAACGGCGAAUUUUGGAAACGGCAUCGGCAAAUGGACCACAUUCUUUUGAAUACUUCGCUCUGCCUCCCACUACAACUAAAGCUACCAGCAGGCAUGAGCAAUCCCAAUAUCGUAUUUACCAAUAUGAGUAUACAUACGUCAACGAUAUGUCUACACCAAGCCGCCAUCUUCAAGGCCGACAAACACAAACUGCCCGGCUCCGUGAGCUCCGAAAGCAAAGUGAGAUGUAUCACUGCAGCGAAUGAAAUUGCUAGUAUCAUGCGAAUGAUAUCACACACAGAUCUUACUUCAAUCAACCCAUUCGUGUGUUUCUGCCUUUACGUUGCGGCUCGCGUCUUCGUCCAGUACCUGAAGAGCCGACCGGACGACAGUCAAACGGCCGAUUCUCUUCGGUUCCUUCUUGCAGCUAUGAAUGCAUUGAAGCGUAGAAAUCCUCUGACCGAAUCCUUCUUGGUGCAACUUGACGUUGACCUGGAAGCGCUCGCCAUCAGAAUACCGAAGCUCAAAGCUGCUUUCCCGCGCAGCACCGAUAGCCCUGGGCCAAAGUUUUCAGCGCCUAGUGCGGAAGCUGUGCGGAAUUGUGAGAAUCCAGACGGGGUCGGCGGUAUCAUGGCGUAUAGAAAUGAGUGUCACUUCUUAAGGGCUGGCGAGGACAACGCAGAUCCUCGAAACGCGCCCAACCUUGUUGAGCCCGAGAACGAGACGCAAAGUGGGGCCGCUUUGGGCCGUGAAGACCAAAACUUCGGCAAUCAACCUUGGAUUCCAGACCAGCAGAUAAGCGCAUCCAGAGGGUCUAAUCCUGCCCAAGGAAUGCCAAUGCAAGGGAUAUCGGUGAUUGGGCCAGUCCCAACCCCCAUCUUUGAGAAAUCGCCCCUGGCCCAGCGCCCCUAA